GCAGAGGUAGAGGAGGUAUGGCUUGCCGUCCUUGUUUUUUUUUUUUUGUUUUGUGUUCGUAUGUGAGUUUAGGCUGAGGUCAGGCACAAGGGGAGGUGCCGAACCGCACACAAUGUUAAUAGGUAAGUAGGUAGCUACACACCUUGGACUGCUUCCUCCCCAGUGUCUCGUAGGCAUCCAGUAGCUUCUGCUGCGCCUCGGGGUCCGGCAGCUUGAACAGCGUGACGCGGUGGAUUCGUGGGGUGGACAUGUUGUCCGCGCUCAACUCGUUUGCGAUAUCUUAUACCCCGAGCAACCCUCUGUUAGCCACGCCAUGGUGUUAUAAACUUGUACUCCACGAUAUACUCACAGUAGAAUAUAGAUACAGUCCCCCAAUGAGUUCUGUAUGGCGUUAUACCGGGCUCGCCUCGCAGGAUCAGCGUUUACCAAGAACACCAAGCAACACCAAGCACGCCCGCAAAAAGCCUCUCCCAAGAGUCCCAAGCCCUCCCCUUUUGAACAAACAAAGCCACGCCCUGGUUGCCCCCAUGUCAUCUCCCCCCUAUUUACUUGUCUGCUCGCCGCACGGAUCUAGUGACCUCGAUUCAUCCAUACCUUUCUCUGAGCCUCCCUACGCACGACCUGUGCCAGCCCUGACGCAGAGCCAUUCGUCCCAAGAUGCACCGAGGGGCGCCGCUCGCCGCGUCGAUCAGACGCGCCUCCCCACCCCCUCGCCCGGCGAGAAAGCUGAGCGCGCCUUACUUUUCGACCACCUCCCUCCUCACGCCCUUGGCCACACCCUCCUUGAUUCUCAAGGCACCCCUGCACAUUGGUUGGCCGGAAAUCACCCGAGAUACGAGCCACCCCUUGGCAAAACUGGUUGGCGCAAGCACAUCUAUGGCACAGCGAGCGGACCGAAACGACGCGCGCACGCCUGGAGCCCGCUCGUCGCCCGCUUGGCGCCGAGAGCAGCAGGGCGCAGCCCCAUGGCACGGCCAAUAAAUCGGAAUGUCCAGCCCAUGUGUGUGCAUGUUGGCGUCGUUGGCGUGCUUCGGCUAUCGGCGCUCGGGGCCUUGACAGUUCCGAAGUGUUAUCGCAGCGCCCGUGCGGUACUAAAAUAAACAUAUCCAAUAUCCUUUUGCCCA